UUCUAUAGUAAUAAGCUCUGGUGGUGGUAUGAAGCAGUGGACUCACCAUUUAUUCCUAACACAAAUUACCUUUUUUUUUCCUAUUUUGCACCCUGUAUGCUGACAACUGCUAAACUCCCCAAAAAAAAGUAAAUGUGUAUGGCUCUUCCCCUCUUGCUGGGAACCAAGAGGGGUUAGGAUCCAUCAGUAAUGCACAUGAAAAGAAAGCUCAAACGUUGCCUGUUUCUCGCAGUAGAACAGGAAUGAUGCAUGCCAGAUUGCAGCAACUCAGCAGCUUGGAUAAUUCUUGCACUUUUAACCACAUGUAAGAAAGCUAUCCAGUGUACUUGGAAUUUCUGUAGACAAUGGCUAUGGCCACACCGAUGCCGAUGUCCUGCAUCAAUCACUCGUCGAAGCUAACAUUGCAACAGAAGUGUGUCUCACCGUUCUGGAUAUGAUGGCUUUAUUCACUCAUGUUUUUAAGGGUCAGCUGCUUGCCGAUAAUGGACACAACCCCCUGAUGAAGAAAGUUUUCAAUGUUCUCCUCUGCUUUGUCCAAAUCAAUCAAUCAGAAAUGGCCUUGAAGUACGUUUUUGCAGCUCUGAGGAACCUUGUCUACAAGUUUCCAUCCACAUUCUUCGAAGGCAGAGCUGACAUGUGUGCCACAAUGUGCUACGAGAUUCUGAAGUGCUGCAACUCUAAAUUAAGCACCAUCCGAGGGGAUGCAUCUACCCUCCUUUAUUUCUUAAUGAGGAACAAUUUUGAGUGGACAGGGAGAAAAUCCUUUGUGAGGACACAUCUACAGGUGAUCAUCGCAGUGAGUCAGUUGAUAGCGGAUGUGGUUGGAAUCGGUGGGACCAGAUUUCAGCAGUCUUUGGCCAUUAUUAACAAUUGUGCCAACUGUGACAGAGCUGUGAAGGCAACAGCAUUUCCUUCGGAAGUGAAAGAUUUAAUGAAGCGUAUUCGCACGGUGCUAAUGGCUACGGCUCAAAUGAAAGAGCAUGAGAAUGAUCCGGAAAUGCUCGUGGAUCUUCAGUACAGCCUGGCAAAGUCCUAUGCCAGCACGCCAGAGCUGAGGAAGACCUGGUUGGACAGCAUGGCCAAGAUCCACAUGAAGAAUGGCGAUUUGUCUGAGGCAGCUAUGUGCUAUGUUCAUGUGGCAGCACUCGUGGCUGAAUAUCUCAGGAGGAAAGGUAUAUUUAAACAAGGUUGCACAGCCUUCAAGGUGAUCACACCCAACAUAGAUGAGGAGGCCGCAAUGAUGGAAGAUGUAGGCAUGCAAGAUGUUCACUACAAUGAGGAUGUGCUGAUGGAAUUAUUGGAACAAUGUGCUGAUGGACUGUGGAAGGCUGAACGCUAUGAGCUGAUUUCGAAUGUGUACAAGCUAAUAAUUCCAGUUUAUGAAAAAAGACGUGAAUUUGAGAAACUUGCCCAUCUCUAUGAAACUCUGCAUCAAGCUUACAAGAAAAUUGCUGAAGUUACUCACACAGGCAAAAGACUACUAGGCACCUACUUUCGGGUAGCCUUUUUUGGGCAGGCAGCGGGUUUCUUUGAGGAUGAGGAUGGCAAGGAAUAUAUUUACAAAGAGCCAAAACUGACCCAGCUGUCUGAGAUAUCGCAGCGACUUCUGAAACUUUACUCGGACAAAUUUGGCUCCGAGAAUGUGCGGAUGAUCUACGAUGAUGGGAAGGUCAAUCCGAAAGACUUGGAUUCGAAAUAUGCCUACAUCCAAGUGACAUACGUGACUCCAUACCUUGAGGAGAAGGAGUUGCUGGACAGAAAAACAGAUUUUGAGAAAAGUCACAAUAUUCAGCGGUUUGUAUUUGAGAUGCCAUUCACCAUCUCUGGAAAGAAGCAGGGAGGAGUUGAGCAACAGUGCAAGAGGAGAACAAUUUUGACAACUACUCACUGCUUUCCCUAUGUGAAGAAGCGCAUCCCUGUCAUGUACCAGCAACAUAUGGAUAUGAAUCCCAUUGAGGUGGCAAUCGAUGAAAUGGGUAAUAAAGUGACAGAGCUGCAAAUGUUAUGCUCCUCCUCCGAUGUGGAUAUGAUCAAGUUACAACUGAAACUCCAAGGCAGUGUUAUCGUACAGGUCAAUGCUGGGCCGCUCGCGUAUGCCCGGGCAUUUCUAGAAGAGGCCAAUGUGAAAAAGUAUCCCGACAACAAAGUGAAACAACUGAAGGAAGUGUUCAGGCAAUUUGUUGAGGCUUGUGGGCAAGCCUUGAUUGUAAAUGAGCGUUUGAUCAAGGAAGAUCAGGUUGAGUAUCAAGAGGAAAUGAAGGCAAACUAUAGAGAAAUGGUUCGGGAGCUCUCCAACAUCAUGCAUGAACAGAUUUUGCCAGAGGACGACGGAAUGAAGAUCAAUCUUCUUCCGAACUCAUAUCACAUCUUCAAUGCAAUCAGUGGAACGCCAACUGGGACAACUGUUCAGGGCAUUUCCAAUUCCUCUUCCAUGGUUUAAAGAUUCACAAGUGGAACAUUGUCAUCAGCAUACCAAGUCAUUCCUGCAUGUAUUCACUCAGGACACUUUGGAGCCUCACGGAAUGUGGGAAUAGAUCAGACUAAGUUGUGACAGUCAGGAAAAUGACGUCAGCUAUGUCGUGGAGCCAAAGGAAAUAAUGUUUGCACAUUUUAAGCUCUGCUUCGGGGAAUGCCGUUGACUUUUACCAGGUUCUCCAAGAAGCUUUGCUAGUCGGCAUUUUAUUGUACAGUUUUUAGAACUCAGUGGUGGAAAUGGGUCCAUGGCUUUGCUAUAAGAAUCUAUCUUAAAAAAAUAUAGACUUCGUAUGUUUAAUAUAUUGGAAAAAUGGGAAAAUAAUGUUAGCAUCAAUAUUUUUGCUGUUGGUUUACAUUUAUCUAAUGCCUGUAGAUAAUUAUUAAAGAUGGCAAAUCGAUGGAUUGCGUAAGGAAGGUAUAUUUCAGAUAGGAUAUAUGUCAAGUGCAACAAAGGAGCAAAGUUUGAAAUUAUAGUUUCCAUUUAAUAACGCAAACAACAGUUGAGUAUUGUAGAUUCUAUGCUGGUUUACAUGGGUUUAUAUAAAGGAAUACAGAAUUGAGCUGUUGCAAUACCUUUGUCUUGUAUUUCAUGUGAAAAUACUGUGCAUGUAGCUUUGUCAACUUCCACUGGUGGACUUAGCCCUGGUAGUGACCCUAGUAAUCUGUCACAGUGCAUAAAUGAGCCUGAAUGUAAAAUGCAUUUGUGAUAAUUCAACUGUAUAGUAAUUAUCUGUGCUCGGGCAGUCUGAUCACCAAGUGCGUGUAGCUUGCUGUACACAUUUGGAUUUGUAAUACAGUAUUUUCAUGAUGUGCAAUGUUGAAUAAUGUAAAAAUUUCACCAGCGACCAGCUUUAUAGCCUUGCCUUCAAUAAAAAAAAGUAAAGCAUUGGUAAGGGAAUGCAGGAUUACGGUAAAUUACCUUCUCCUGUAUCACAUGCAGUAUAUUUUACAAAUGUGCUUUAUUUGUAUUCUUGUACAUAAUUGAGUGCAAUAUUCGUCAUAACGUAAUACCCCAGAUGUAUACAGUCUUUAUGUUCUGAUUUAUAGAAUGUUACAUAGCAAUUGUCUUUUUUUUGCCAAAGUUGACAGGAUAUUAUCAGCAGUCAUUUAUAAUUUUUUUUGGAGGGGGGGAGCAUAACUUAAAUCAUUCUCCCAUCAGAUUUGCCUUGAAAAGCUUAAUUAAAUUUUAUAUUUUGGGGGGAAAGUGUGGUUUUUAAUAUUAUUUAAACUGGAACUGUUGUCCUGCUGUAUGUAAAUUUAAAUUUUGUUCUCUUGUACAGCUGUAAUAAGUUCAGCUUAUUUGUUUCUUUGCAAUUUCAUUUUGUAUAUGUGUAACCUCAGGCCUAUCUGAUAAAAGCAGAUUUCAAAGUUUUUCUAACUUCAUGGUUUGCAGUUUGGCUAUUUUGAGCUUUAUUUUUGCAUUCUCUCAUUGCUUCAUUGUUUAGAAUGUCAGAAGAAAUCUGAACUCCACAUUGUGAGAUUAAUGCUCCAAAGGGAAUAUAAUUUUCUCCCUUGGACUGCAUUAAGCAUUUCUAGCAUGGAUCUACGGAUAGGAGGUUGGCAAAAAAAUCAGUGGAAUGAGAGAGAUUUGGGUAUCCUGGCACACAUGCAUAAAAGUUAGUGCAAUAUUCAAUAAUAUUUAAUCAAAUGAUACCAGAACCCUAACUGUAACAGUCAGGAAAGAUUGAACAAGCUGUGGCUUUUUUCUCAGGAAAAGAGAAGACUGAGGGGUGACCCGAUCAAUAUCUUUAAAACUAUGUUAGAGUUUAAUAGGAUAGACAAUAGAGAAGGUGUUUCCGUCGUGGGAAAGACCAAACUCAGGAGCAUUCAGAUUUUAACUAAUAAUUCCAAUAAGGAAUUCGUAGGAAACGUCUGUAAUCAGCAGGUGGUGAGAUUGAAGAACUCACUAUCACUGGGUGCUGUUGUGUGAAUAGUUUUAAUGCAUUUGGGGGGAAACUAGACAAACAUGAGGGAGCAAAGGAUGUGCUGCUAGAGUGAGAUGAAGUCAGGUGGGAAGAGGUUUGUGUGAAGCCCCACAUGGACUAGGUGGACCAAAUGACUUAUUGUUCCUGUAAAUGUGAUCUACCACAGAUUGCAGCAUACAAGAAGACCUCUGACCUUUGAAAAAUGAGUUAGUGUAUACACACAGAGUAUAAAAGUUGAAUCCAUGGUGUCAGUGCAGGAAGACCCAUUCCUGUGUAUUAUUCAUCAUGUGAGGCCCACUCCAUAGGUCUUAACCUCAUGCUUCUUGAAAUCAUAGCCUGCAUAAUCCCAAGCACAGACUUACAAGGUGAGCAUUACCCUAACCAUAUCUUUCUCAGCUGAAUAACUGAGGCCAAAUAUAGCCCUAAGCAUGUUUUUAUUAGCUGAAAGAUGGGGUAACAACUUGUAAGCAACGAAAAAUCUAAAUAUUCAUUUUGGCACUGAAAAGAUAGUACUGAAAAGAUUGUACAUCUGGGAAAUUUAUAUUCCAUAAGCAUCUGUUGACUUGAGAUUAUGAUAGUAUUGUUAAAGAAAAGCAAGUUAAACUUGUUAUAACAAUAAACAACAAACAGUAUAAAAGCA